AUGGAGACCCUACACGACAAUACAGACCCCCUACCAUGGCUUUGGGAAGAUACCUAUCUUUUCCCCCUGGACUUUCCUACUUUUGGUGCAUCCCUCGACACUGGCGUCCCCUUGCUGCCACAGUCAGAAGGAGCCAUUCACCAACAACCCGAACAAAGCAGCCAGUGGGACGGCGGCGACCCUACUCUUAUCGAUUUCAAUUUUUUGUCGCCUAAUCUGGGUUCUUUCCCAGAUUUCGACUUCAGCAUGGAAAGUCCACAUUCCGUAUGGAUGGCUUCUGCCUACACAGACUCGAUCGCCUGCCCGUCCAUUACAUCAGAUGUCUCGUCUUUGUCACCGAGCCAGAUGUCGAUGACCAUGUCAACGCCGCCGUCCUUCUUGCCACUUACUCCGAGACCCUUGGCUCCGCUACAGCACUCUGAGCCCUUUGAGUUAGCAAAUGGUCAAGGAGACCGCACAGUUCAAGUUGCAGAAAAUCCAAGGGUGAAUCCCACCACGGCGUUUCCUAGCCCCCAACAAACGUCUACUAGGCCUCGCAACUCCCGUCGACGACGUGACCCUUCCUUCAUCCCGGCGCGCCAGAUCCGACAGCGCGAGAAGCCUGAAAAGUGUCCAAUUUGCCAAAAGGGCCAUCAAUACCGAUCGGAUGUAAAAAGGCACAUUGCGUCCCGCCACAAAGACAGAGCUCACGAGCUUGGGAUCUCCAUCGCUCUAUUCCCCUGCCCAGUAUCAGGGUGCUCUCAAACAUUUCCUGUCUCGAGGCCAGAUCAUGCUUUGCGCCAUAUGCGAAGAAAGCACAAGGACCAUGAUGGAAACACCAAAGCAGUUCGCGGGGGGAAGAAGUAGCCGCCAACAUUCCCAGUUUUCUUUGACACGUACACGACUGUCUCUUUUGAUAUUUUUUUGUUUCGUUUCUAUUUUUGCAGAAGAUGUUUGACAAGAAGGGAUAAAGAGAGAACUGCAGUUUUCUAGGACUAUUUCGUGGCUUUGAAGGGAGCAUAGUGAGUCUUGAACAGGCUGCGCCCUCAUCGAGGCGGAGGGCGCAGUUUGUUCUCCAGACACGAUGUUCAUUGCUGUACGGCACCUUCGCCUUGGAGGCUGGGGGAAAGAAAGGAAAUUUUGAGACGCUAUGUUUUCUAC